GAAUUGAUUAAAAUUGUACGUUUUUGCGUCGACGUCGUGACCUUCGGUGGCUUUCUGAGCCUUUCUUUCAUUGUCAGUGUCAAAAGGCAGAAAGUAGGAAAAAAUCAAUGGAAGACUUGACACCAUUAACGAACCUUCAACAGUUGUAGUUCAAAGACUUUUGUUUUGUUAUCGACGCACUGCCCGCUGCAUGUCUAAUUUGUACAAAAUUAAUACAUUCUAUCAACAGUUUCUUUUGCUUUUCUUGACGAUUCCGCGAAGCGCAAACCGAAGAUGUCGGAGCGUCAACCGUUGUUGCUGCAAGGCGAUGGCUCCGAUUAUGAGGGUAGUCGGAGUGGCAAUGGACUAAUUAGGCCACCUGUUCGCAGCUCUCCGCCGGACAGCACGCUGGUCAAUGUGCACAGCGAAGACAGCAUCGCAGUGCACGCCGCAGCCCCUGGAGAUGACGAUGAACAGAGCGGGGAGAAUCUCAAGUCGGUCGGCUACAAUCCCACACACCAUCGCACACUGGAGCAUCCCACAUCAAACUUUGAUACAUUGGUGCAUUUGCUGAAGGGCAACAUUGGCACUGGCAUUCUCGCAAUGCCGGAGGCAUUCAAGAAUGCCGGCCUCUAUGUCGGCCUUUUUGGAACGUUGAUAAUGGGUGCCAUUUGCACACAUUGUAUGCACAUGCUGGUUAAUUGCUCCCACGAGCUGUGCCGGCGUUUCCAGCAGCCGUCGUUGGACUUCUCGGAGGUUGCAUUCUGUAGCUUUGAGACAGGACCGCUGGGAUUGCGUCGUUAUUCGCAUUUGGCCAGACGGGUGGUAACCACAUUCCUGUUUAUCACACAGAUUGGUUUCUGUUGUGUUUACUUUCUGUUUGUGGCCCUCAAUGUGAAAGAUGUGAUGGAUCAUUAUUAUAAAGUGGAUGUGCGCAUCUAUUUGCUGUUAAUGUUGUUGCCCAUGAUAAUGUUGAGUCUGGUGCGCAAUCUCAAGUACCUGACGCCUGUCUCUCUCAUUGCCGCCGUGCUAACUGUUGCCGGCUUGGCCAUUAGUUUCUCCUACAUGUUGCAGGAUUUGCCUGAUACGCACACUGUGAAACCGGUGGCCACUUGGGCCACAUUGCCACUUUACUUUGGCACUGCGAUCUAUGCAUUUGAAGGCAUUGGCGUAGUGCUGCCACUGGAGAACAAUAUGCGCACACCGGAGGAUUUUGGCGGCACCACAGGUGUCCUCAAUACGGGUAUGGUAAUCGUGGCCUGCCUCUACACAUCUGUGGGAUUCUUUGGAUAUCUCAAGUAUGGCGAGAGUGUCAAGGGAAGCAUUACUCUUAACCUGCCUCAAGAAGAACUACUUUCGCGGAUGGUACGCAUCACCAUGGCGGUGGCAAUUUUCCUCUCCUACACGCUGCAGUUCUAUGUACCCGUAAACAUGGUGGAGCCCUUUGUCUGCAGCCAAUUUGAUACAACACGUGCCAAGGAACUGGCAUCCACAAUCCUUCGCACUGUGCUGGUCACAUUCACUUUUUUGCUGGCCGCUUGUAUUCCAAAUCUGGGUUCUAUUAUUUCACUGGUGGGUGCCGUGAGCAGCUCGGCCUUGGCGCUAAUUGCGCCACCGAUCAUAGAGAUUAUCACAUUCUAUAAUGUGGGCUAUGGUCGCUACAACUGGAUGCUGUGGAAAGAUUUCCUCAUUCUCAUAUUUGGACUUUGCGGCUUUGUUUUUGGCACCUGGGCAAGUCUAGCGCAGAUCUUGAAUCCCAGCGUGGACUGAAUCCGGUAGUCAAUACCUCCAAUAUUCAAAGAUUGUGUGCGAAUUUACGUCGAAGGCUUUAUGUAGUUUUUACUACAAACUCUAUCGAUAAGUUGUAUAGUGUAUUUGCUUAGUUUUUUUUUGUUUGUUACUCGUUUAUAUUAGGUGCUCAGCUGCCGCAAGUGCUUCGAUUUUAUUUGAUUUUAAAUAGUUAUUAUUUAUUACACAUUUCGUUUAGCACAAUUCAGUACCAGACAAUAAUUAGCAUUUUAAGCCCUUGAUAAUUUCUAUAUGUUUAUAUGUGUGUCCAAACGAGAGUUUCGUGUCAAUCCCAAAAAGUGUUUCUGUGUUAAAGGUACAAUUUGAUUUAAAUCAUAAAUCGAGAUCGAGAAUCGCACAAUGCCAAAAAAGUGAUUUCGCAUAGUAUUGCUAAACAGUUAUUUGUUUAGACGUAACUGUUCGUGUAUAGGGCUAGUUUUAGGUCAGGUGCAGCUCAUUCCAUAUGCCACGGCCAAUUUCCCCCACAUAGAAUACAAACAUGUUGUAUUAAAGACAUUAACUAUAUGAAGAUUAAUUGUUUUAUCGUUUGUGUGUCUUUCGGAUGACAUCAUUAUACUCUAUGUAAACUCUAUAUAAAUAUAAUAUAUUAUAUACAAACAAAUACAGAUGUAUAGAUACUGUAAAAUAUGCUAUGAUCGAUGAACUAACACUUUGCUGGGCAUAUUUUAUAGUAUGAAUUAUAUAAUUAUGUAUGUAAGUACACAUGUACACAUAUUGUACAACAGAGAUUUACUUUUUCAAUCUCUGUACACUCUCAUGUAAUAUUUCAAUUCAAUUUUGAAACCGUAACUAAAGACAAUAAUAAAACGAGUUUAAAGUUUGUAA